AUCGGCAUGUGUGUUAUGUACGUUGUAGAAAAACUAAAUUCCACAUUUAAUCGACCAGUGCAAAGGUGACAAUUUUAUUCGCACGCACGUUCAAUAUUUUUCAGCGGACACCAAGACCCAUUGGGCACGUACGUUCCAAAGCUAGCUAGCAACAACACUUGCUCGACACGAUUUGAUCUAAGAAGAAGGCUGAAGAAGAAGAAGGCAAAAAAAUCGGUUUUCUCCCUUGCUCUGGAGUAAAAACUUGCGUAUCAAUGGCUACUGCGGAUUAUUCCUUCUACGUCGAUCAUUAUACCACGCGCGCGGUGUAGAGCGAUUUUUCUUCCUAGUCCGCUAAUCAACGCCACGGAACUGCUCAUUGUGCAUUGUAGGGAAGGCUCGCAGUAGCUUGGGCCGUGAUCGACCGGUCUUUGCUGUCUUCAGUUGCGAGCUGACGGUGUUGGCAGGCGCACACAGAUUACCCGCAGUAUUUCUGUGUUCGACUGAUACUGCUGCUGCUUGACGUACGCGUGUUAUGAUGGUCCCCGUCUGAGUGAGAUUAGUUCUUUCUCAUCUGCAGUGCGAUUAUGAAAAUCUAUCACUUCUGUGUCACAGCUACAUCAGCGAUGAAGAAGAUGCUGGUUGUGUUUUACCGUUGAUAUUUCUCCUUUUUUUAUUUUAAAACAAAAAAGGACAGUAGGCCUACAGAAUUUUUUAGUUUAGUUUUGUUUGUUUUUUUGUUUUCCCUGGAGAAAAAAAUGUUUACCGUAUCCAAGUCUACAGUGAUUGUCAUGGAACGUACUUUAAGGAUUAUGACGUUUUUGGUCGUCUGUUUUUGGACAUCCAACGCGUCGAGAUGCACGUUUCCGCCCAAGUGGAGAGGCACGUGGUACCAGAGCGGUCUGGGGGAGAUUGAGAUCGCCAAACACAGCAUAUCUGAACGAGGACACUGCAAAACCAACGAGGGCAAUAAAUACCUACUAUUGGACAGGGUGAAGCUGUGCUACGUGUGCCUGGUGUUCACGCCUCAACACGAAAACGUCCUGCAGUUCAAAGAAAGUUUCUGUGUUCGAGACGACGAGAUUGCUAGCGUCUGUGGAAGAAUCACGGGCGACUUUGUCCUCUACACGAUCGUGAAAGUCCCGAGUCUGCCCGUCCCGUGUCCGUUCCAGGGUCCGUACCUGUUCGCGUACACCAACCACAGCGAGUCGAGUAGGGAGUGCAGGGAACCCAUGUCGGACAUUCAGGCCUGUGCCGACCCCUCCCGCUUCAUAUUCCGUUACAGGCACUGUCACAGGGGCGCAACACAGAGCAUUACCAAGCUGGACUUCCGGUGCAUGGCUACAUGGUUCAAUGGAGAGAAAUUUCUCUACGGGAAGUUCACGGGUCCAGGGCUGGUCGGCAACGAGAGGAAGUACAGAUGUUUUAUGUACAGUUUCUGGAGCACUCACGGGGAGAUGUCCAUGUCAGCGGACGCCACAUGUCAAGGCUUACAGAGUCCACGAGUCGGGGUCCUCACCAUGGAUCUCAAACACAGACUGGACCAAUGGCCUCGACCCACGUGUUCGUUCCCGGAGUACUUCUCGAAUACGAAAGUGUGGCGAGAUAUCGGCGGCCAGUUCAAGAUCGAGCUGGACCGGGACAACCAGGUGUUCCGCGUGAUGGACGUGGUCGACCCCGGCUUCAUCCGUUACAGGGAGGAGCGCUCCGAAACCAGGCUGUCCGUCAAGUGCAUCGACGUCUUCAGCGACAGGUUCCACUCCAUACACAACAUGAGGAUGCCGUCGGACACGGCGUCGCGAAACGAGGAGAUCAAGAUCAUCGCCCACACCACCAACGAUUCAUGCGUGUCUGCCUUCCAAUGCAUUCGUCUUAUCAAGAAAGCACAUUCAGUGGUGGAACUUAUUUUGGGAACGGCAACUCAGAGUCAGCACUCUGCCUGUGCAUCUUACAACUUCCACACCUUUCGAAAGUUCACUCUAAUCCCAAUGGACGUGAAACCAACGGCCUGUCCGUUUCCUGGCAGCUACAACUACGUGGCUCAGAGAUCUGACUGUUCUGGCUUGCUAGACGUUGGGUGUACCAAGGAUUCUGAGAUGGUCGUCAAAACACGUUGUCCAUCAGGACACAAUACAGUGAAUAUCUUUGAAUGUUACCAGCACUGGACAGAUACCAAUACACAGUCCAUGUACAUCAUCGUUGGUAAACCUGGAGAUCCGAGAAAAGUGUCUGACUGUUUGGUAUACAAACAGAAUAUCAAAGGCUAUCAGAUAAUAGCUGAAGAGUCAUGUGGAGGUGGGAAACUGAAAAUCAUGGACCAGCCUUUAGCCUUCAUAAUGGCAUACCAGCCAGCAAAGUGCAAAGUUCAACAACCGCGAAUUAUUUCACAACCAGAGAGUGAACCAAACACGGACAAUCCCGAAGAUGUGGUGGGAGUAAAAACAAACAGAGACACACACAACAGUAAUGUGAUUAACAUAAUAGACAGUGGAAACUCUAGGACAGCGUGUUACUAUACCACUGUAAUCUUGUUACUUCUCACAGUCUGUCUGGUUCAGAGGUGACACGACUCCAUCCUUUGAUGUACUGACUUCUUUAAAAAAAAAAAAAAAAAAAAAUGUGCUCAAUCGAAGAACACGACAACGGUGUGCGAAAUCCAGUGACUUUGUAUUAUAUCAGUGAGGACGUUCGUGGAUUUCUUGUAUACAUUCCCAUUUCAAAGGAUCUUUGGUUCGAAGAAACACAUUUCAGUAUGACUGAUUGAUUUAUGGUGAAGAACACUGGAGAGAGACAUUGCCAAGUGAUAUAAUAUGUGUGGUUGAUGCUCAGAUGGACUUGAUGGUAUAGCCAAGAACAAAAGAUCAUUGUCCCAAAUAUUAGGAUCUGAAAUCGUCUGAAGGAAACAGCAGUUUGUGUUUUUUAUUGUUCUGGAAAAAAGUAUAUACACUGCGAUAUGUUGUGGCUGCUUGAAAUAUCAUUGUGCUUUAUACACUGAUUGGCAUGACAAGCUUUAUUCUGAUUGGAAUGAGAGUUACUGAGAUAUUAAUUAAAUAAGGAGAUCAUUCCAUCAUAUCAGCGAUACCUAUACAUCCUUAUGUGCACAGAUGCUUGGUUUAAUAAGCACACUGAGCUCAAGACACAAAGACGCGCUCUGACACAUAUCCUUAAUCAAGACACAAUCAUUUGGCAGUGCCCACGACUUAGAAAGAUGUUUUGCUGCAUGUACAGAUUGGAAGGAAGCGUCGCUGUAUUCAACUGAAAGAUCACCAUUGAUGAGAAAAUAUUUUUGUAUUAAUUACGUUGGAAGCAGAUGGUCAGUGUUUCUCAGGAUAUGUGUUUGUCUUGACAUCUCCACUAAUAAAAUAAACUCAAGACCAAAUACCUGCGUAUAGCCUCUAUUUCUUAAAUAAUGGAACCAGAAGGUCCAUAUUUGGAAUUGACAUUUUGAAGAAUAAUCCAUUUAUUUGUGUCGGUGUAACAUCAGUUAUGGACAAACAUCUCAGAUAAGGUCAGAGUGUGUUCCCAUGAAUGAUGUGCAUAGGCAUUCAGCCGUUUCAACGGACAUGGACAUACAAAUAAGAAUGGUGAAAACUGAAAGUUCUUAUUUGGAAUUGAAAUUUAGAAGAAUAACCCUUUUAUUUAUGCCAAUGUAACAUCAGACAUGGACAAAACUCUCCGAUGAUAUCAUCGUGUGUUCCCAUGAAUGAUACCCAUGGACAUUCAGUGUACAUAGACAUGCAAAUACCUUUGUGUGAGAUGGACAAAAGACAAUAGGUCCAUGUGGAGAUGACGAAAGAACAAAGUAGCAAUCCACCGAAUAUACCGAGCCAUAUUUAUUGAAGAAUUACUGGUGUGAUAUGUGACAAUAUCAUCGAUAUGUCGUGAUAUGACCAUAUCAAUUAAGCUUACCCAGGAUCCUGUAUCAUAUAUCAUAUUUAUUUUAUUGGAUAAUGUGAGGAAGACGCCUCACUUAAAAAGAAAGACAAAUUUAGGUUCUCAAAUAGAGUUGUUUUUGUUUUGUUUCUGAAACAGUAUUUUGUUUUGUCACACGUUAAUGACAAAUCACGGACAGGUAUAAACUAUCCAGUAUAGAGCUUAGAAUGUACUGUUGACCAUUACUUGUGCUCAAAUAGGAGUCUGGUAGAUAUUCAUAUUCAUUUUUUUUUUCUUUCUACAAACUGAAGUGCUUUCAAGACAAUAUAUAAAUGUUUUUGUAAGCGAGGGCGGACCCAGAGAAGCAUUUAGGGGUGAACACCCCCCACUAUAAACACAAAUAAGAUAAUGUUAUAAUUUGUUAUUUGUUACAUACUAGUAAAUGGCAGGUUUCAGUGGUAUGGAUUCAUAUUCGUGGUGACAGACCCUUAAGACAAAUGCUGGACCCGCCCUUGUGUAUAUACAUAAAACAUGACGUGGCUGUCAGAUAGCGUGUAUCCUGGAUAAUGUUGAGAAUAUCGUAUCUGUUGGCAUGGUAAUGUCUUCCAGUGACACUGAGCAAACGCCGCACUAUCUUUUGCAUUAUGGAUUCGAUGAUGUAUGAUGAUGGCUGCCCGGCCAUUGAUUCACCUCGUUAUUAUGAAUAUAUCUCCGCUUAAUAGCUCCAUUUGGCGAUUUAUUUCACAAUCACAGAGUAAAUAGUGCUCGUUGUCAAAUCCGAGAUGAAAAUUACAGAAAAUAAUGUCUACAUAUUGCUCAUAUCUCGCUAGUAACUAGUGUUUCAUUGUUUUGCUAAGUCUAUAUAUAUAUAUAUAAAUUCCAUGUCACUUAGAGGCCAAUUAGUGGACUGCUAAGUAUGCGCAUAAAUUAAGAUUAGGCCGCUUUUGAUAAGCUAUUAAUUGUUUUUAGUUUGUAGUGAUAGAUUCAAAGAGACGUCAAGAUACAAGAGUCUACAGUUUCAAAUACUAGAACUUGAUCCAUUAAGAUGUACGGUUUCAUAUUUUGGGUGAUGAAUAUUCUUUUAAAAAGGCAGAACAUUAUUUUUAAUGGAACACCAAAAAUCAAAUCAACAUUUCAAAAGGAAUUGCGUUGCCGAGUUGCUUCAGUCAUUAUGACUUGUUCGUUCCAUGGUGCGCAUUCGAUCUGGCGACAUGGAAUCUUCUGUAGUCGUUAAAAGUAGUCGAUAAGUUGACUCCGAUUUUAUUCCUUCCAUCAUCUAACAUUACAUUAUUUACUGACUUCGUCUUCGUUCAUUCAUUCAUUCAUUCAUUCAUUCAUUCAUUCAUUUAUCCGUUCAAACACCCAUCCAUCCAUGCAUUCAGGAACAGUUGUAUGGAUUGAGAUUUUAGUUUCCAUAUGGAUAUUAAUUGGUCACCAAUAUCUUUGUUUACCACCCCAUAACCUAUGAAUUUGCUGAUAUAAACUUGUAACCUUUGAUGCAGGUUCGUCUGUAUAGUAAUGUGCAAUCCCCCUUAGACAGGCUUUCUCGAAGAUCAGGGAAUCGAGGCUCAUUUCCAGUGUCUGAGGCCCAUGAUCAUAAUAACACGUUCCGCCAAACUUAAGAACCAAAACAGGUCAGGUCAGGUAAAUUUUAACGUGUCCAUAUACCACUGAGGUUUUGAACACGCUUCGCACGGGCUUAGCCUCUGACAUCGCCAGUGACUAAGUUCGGGUCAGGGUGGGGGAGGGUAAGUUUGAGGUGGGCGGAAUUUGCAAUAAGAAUUUAGUAAUUAGGUCAAAGACCUCAGGCCAAAAAUUAGCUAAAGCAUUCUACUCAUGUCUGGACAAAAGUUUAAAUCCCAAAAAUAAAGUUUAAGUUGAUUUGAGCAAUUUAGACGGGCUGCAAAAAUAAAGUGCGUCGGACUAUUUACAAAAAAAUAAACAAUAUUUCUACCAAAACACAAAUAUUGUCUCAGCUUUUAUCCCCCUUGCAUGCAAUUUAGGCAACUGAAAUAAAAUAAGGGUCAUUUCCAAUGUCUGAGGCCCAUGAUCAUAAUAAUUCGGCCAAACUUAAGGACCAAAACAAAAAGAUUGUUUUCAUUUGUAUCCCCCUUGCAUGCAAUGUAGGCAACUAAACUAAAAUAAGGGUCAUUUCUAAUGGCCCAUGAUCAUAAUAAUAACGCGUUCCGCCAAACUUAAGGACCAAAAACAGAAAGACAACCUCAGCUUUUAUCCCCCUUACAUGCAAUUUAGGCAACUAAAAUAAAAUAAUGUUAACACUAGCGGGAUUCGAGCAAAAUAUAGCUUGAGGGACUCGGCAAACCAGACGAUGCAAAAGACGGCGCGGCUACAUGUAUUUGCUGAUUAGCACUGGCAUUCAGAUUUAAUCUGCUUUAAGAAUGGCUUAAAUAGAAGUGUUUGUAUAUUGAAUAUUUCACAUUAGAUUUUACUAUUACGUUUUAUUUCAUUUUUUUUUUAAUUAUUAAAUUAUUUUAGGAUAGAGUGGAGAUAAUGGUAUCAGUGUUCUGUUUGCAACAUAUUUGCACAUAAUCAGUUCGUUUUAGUAUAAUUUGGUAUCAGCCUGGCUGUAAAUCCAACACAUGAGUAUUUCGUAUGAAUUUCAGUAUUCGUUUAUUUUCGUAUUUCUGAAUUAUGGCUGUGCAUUCGUAUCGAACCGUUCUGUCCUGAGACCUUGGCGCGGUCUGCUGGUUUUUGUAAAGCGAGAUGUAACUGAAGUUACGUGUGCUAAAACAUGGUGCAUACAAUUUGUCCAGCAAUGUUUAUACAGCGUAGCAAAUUUCAGAUGGGUAUUUUAAAGACAUUUCGUCGUGGUCACUGUCAUUAUAUAAAUAGUGGAGAUAUACUUGUUAGGCCCGUAGGAACAAUAUCUGGAGUGGGGUGGGUGGUGGCACAACCGGCUUUGUGGAACACAAUACUUUAUUUAUAUAAAGUAGGAUAAAAAAAACACACAUACAUUUUCGUCCUCAAGUUUGGGGCACAGUCCCCCCUUGCCGCCCCCACCCCCUGUUCCUACGGACCUGCUUGUUCUACAAACGCAAAUCUAAUUACAGCACUGUUUUGUAUUUCGCAACAUGGCAUAUUAUUCAUAUUAAUUUAGCACCUGUCUUUAUUAAUCUGAGAUCAUCAAUGCUAUUUCACUAAGCUUUUUUUUAUUAAUUUGUUUGUCUAAAUCGAACGCGACAAUUGCACUUGGAAAUACUUCAUCACUUGUUUCAGUUUAAUUUGUUAUACACAAAAGAAUGAACCUUUUUUAAUAAAAGAAAAUAACUGAUGAUACGUGCCUUGAUAAAAAAUUUAAAUAUAUGUGUACUGUAACUACUGAUGGUGUUUUGAUACAUAUUUUAACAUAUUGCUUAGUUUGAAAGAAAUCCGUGUCAUUUUUUUUUUUUCGCAUCUUAUAUAUAAAUGUUCCUUAUUUAACUUCGCGAGGACUGACUCUACUGAAACUGAUUUUCAAAUGUUUUGCUAUGCUUGACGUAGCCUGAACCGCCAAAAUAGCAGUAAUAGGUUAAAACUGACCAAACACUUCCGCUGGUGUUGCGAUAAAUAUUCGGGAGCAAAUUAUACAUAUAAUAAUUGUGAUAUUGUAUACAUGUAGAUAUUUAGAAUUGUCUCCCUUCGUUUUAAUUUUCUUUCGUCAGUGACACGUGCGUGCUGUCUGUUGGUUGUGAUUGGUUGGUUUUGCCAAUACGUUGUUAUGUUGAUUGCCCCUUCCCCCGUGUAGUCGCGUGCUACAAAAUAAUUGGUACCUGUCAUGUACUCAUGUAAUUGAAAGAAAAUUUAAUGUAAAUUAUGUUGAAGAGAAAAUUGUAAAAUGACUUGAUAAAUUAUGUACAGUGGAUGUAAAAAAAUAAAUAUAUCUUGCAAUAAAAUAUGUACAAAUAAUAAA